CAACAGAUGACUACUAGAUUAGUAAUUGUAACAGAAACUGACUAAUGCAGACAAAGUAAUGUCAGUUGCAUUUGGGGAGGUUUUGAUGUACAGGACUUAUAACCAGAGCUGACCACUUCAGGUCCACAUCUGCACUCAGUGUGGUUGUGAUAGCACUGAUCUGUGUGUGAGACCUGAUUCUUCUCCAACAAACAAGAUGCAGAACAGGACUGAGAAGCUUGGAACUCAGCGUCCUUUCUUUGCUCCAGCCAGCAGUGCUCAGCGAGGCUUGUUGAGGAAGAGCACCACCCACCUGGCCAAGAUCGCUGUUGUCCUCCAAGACGCUCCAAACAAGAUGCUCACUUUUCCUCAGUUGAUGGACAAGCUGGGACCAUUCAUUUGUGAAGACAGAAGCUCUGUUGAGAACAACAUAAGAGUCUGUUUAUCAACCAAUAAAUGUUUUGUCAAGAUUCCAGUGGUUCCUGAUUCACUGGACAGCAAGAGAAACUACUGGAAACUGGACUUCAGUCAGAUCACAGCAAAGAUGGUGCGUCGUCACUUCAAAGGAAUCCUGGAGUUCUUCCCUGAGUUGACCUCCGAAGUGGAAACAGAGAAGACGAGCAGACCAUCAGAGGCCUGCUCAGCUCUCCACUCUCCUGAACCUGCAGCCUGCAGAGCUGUUCAGAUCAGAUGUGAGGUGAAGUUCAGCAGCCCGUUCUCCAUCGAAUCCCUCCUGAAGAGAGACAGUCCCUCUGCUUCAGCCUCCAAAGCUUCCCCUCUGUCCAGUGUGCCGGUCAGAGUGAAGCAGCAGGAGCCUCGACCCACACACACACGAGUCGGGACAAAGAGGAGUUUCAACUGGGACUCUGAGGAGCCUCUCGUCCUUCAAGGUUCAGCUGGAAAUUCCCCCAUCUGCUCAACAGGAGGCAGCACACACCAUGGACUCACUGCUGACAGAGCUGCUAAGCACAUCAAAAUGAUGCAUGUGUGCACUGAACCCUCAUUCCCCAUCUACACAAGAGUCAGUGCUGCUCCAUCUUCCACCAGCCCACACAGCAGAUACAUCACUUACUCUGUACCCACAUUUACUUUUUUUUUUCAAUAAAAUGUGAAAAGAAAA